CUACAAGGGUAUGGAUUAUAGGUAAAGAAAUUUUAACACAUGAAGGUAUUCUCUAUCGUAGUUCUCAUGAAUGGGAAAAAUUAAUUAAGGCUUUCGAAUAUGAAAAAUCACAAUUCAUACCUAAAGAACUUUUAAAAUGGGAGCCGGUAGAUAUUCAUGGAUGGAUGGAAGGAGGAUAUUAUCAUUCUUCAGCACCAAUUCCUUCACAAGAGCUUAAAGCAGAAUAUAAUGAGCUUGAAAAAUUCCUGGGAGUAGAAUCAAUAGUAUGGAACGCUCCAAUAGAUCCAGCUCCAAAACACAUCCAUAUUGAUCUUCGUGGAGCAUAUCUUGGCUCUGUCUGUUGCUUGACUAGUGUUGUUCAACUAGUGGCAUGGGAAUUUGCCAAAAAUCUCCAUCCGUUCACAGCAGAACUUAUUGGACAACAUCUCACAGAAAAGGAAGGCUGGAUUCCAACACCUCUUAUAGAUUACCUGCUUAGUGCUGGAUGGCUCAUAAGUGCAACUCCAAGAGAAAUCAUAUAUAGUAUUGGCAAAAAAUCUCGCAUUGAAUUUCCAUCUGAUCGUGAUUUAGCAAUUCGUUUCGUGGGAUCAUGUGCUUGUAAUGCACAAGUUACAUAUGUUUUAAUUCGAAACAAAAAUGAGGCAGAUAUGAUUCAUCAAUGGUUAGCAAGAAAAAAGUUAUGUACUGAUGCAAUUUACACAACAACAAUUCCUGAAACUGUUUUAGAUGAAAGUAAACUCAGUAUCAAUUUUGAUGAAAGCUUUUAUACUAAUGUAAAAAAUGAUAUAGAAUUAGAGGAGUGGCGUAAGAAAAAACCAGGAUAUAUCUAUCGUAAAGAAACAUCAUCCUGGAUUAUUAAUCAUAAAGGCUCAUUAGAGUUUCCUCCAAGUGAAGCUCCGCCUCUUUCUACUGAUCCAAAACUAAUUACAUUGCGAAAACUAUACUUAGUUGACCAGGAAGGCUUAACGGCCAUGAUAUAUCAUAAGUAUUUCCAUUUAGGAGCAACUGCAAUCGAUGAGUGGGAUCCUGCAUGUCUCGGAAAGAAGACACUUGCUGAAAUACUAAUCUUCGAUGAAGUAUGCAUGAUACCUAGAAAAGUAUUACAGAGAUUGUUAUCCUAUGCCGAAAGCCGAGGCUGUCAAAUAAUUAUGUGUGGCGAUCCUGGCCAACUUAUACCAUGGGGUGACAAAGAAGAAGACUAUUGUGCACAAGACGACAAACUCAAGACAUUAAAAUUACGUAUGUGGAUUAAAAAUGAUCUUGCUCAAUUACUAGAAUUUCAUAAGGCUAUAUCUAAAACAAUAUGGAAAAAUGCUCUCGCCCAUGCAUUAUUACAAGCACAUGCAUCGCACUUUCCCAAUGAGUUUUCAGUUAUUCGUUUCGAUCCAGAUGAUAAUAUCAAACAUAAGUAUUGUAUUCAAGGAAAGCCUAAAUAUGCUAGCUGGGGAACAGUUCAUCGAAUUCAAGGACAAACAAUUGAGGCUCCAGAAUGUUACUUUAUUGUAGACCAUAGUUUGAGAGGUUGGAUUAAUAACGCUGUAUAUACAGCUUGCAAUCGUGUACGAUAUAUGAAUCAAUUAAUUCUCGAGGACUGGGAGGUAGACAAUAAAUCAGAUUUAAUGGAAGAUUCUACAGUAUGUGAGAAACCCCUCUUUCUAGCAGAAAACGAUGAGGAAAAUGUCAUUCCUUCACUCACAGUAAAGGAUGUUAUAGAAAUUGCAACUCGACAAGAUAAAUGUUGUAAAGUAUGUCGUGUUCCACUUCUAUUCCAAGGCUAUCCCAAACACCAUCCACAGUCAUUUUCAGUUGAUCGGCUUGAUGAUGCUGAAGGACAUUAUCGUCAAAAUGUAAGAAUUACUUGCCUUCGUUGUAAUGAACGACAUCGACAUUAG